CAGGGGCGCGGCUCCGAUGCCCGGGAGGGGGCCGGGGCCGGGGUCCGGCCCCGCCGGCGGGCAGGUGGUUCCGCUAUGUCCCAGUUGUCGUCCAGCUUCCUGCUGCUGCCCAUCCCCGAGAGCCCGGGCUCCGACUCGCCCGCCAACAAGAUCGUGAAGAUCGUCGUCCUCGGAGGCAGCAGCGUGGGCAAGACGGCCCUGGUGGUACGCUUUCUCACCAAGCGGUUUAUCGGGGACUACGAAGCCAACACGGGUGCGCUGUAUUCCCGAAAGUUCACCAUAGAUGGGGAGCAGAUCUCCUUACAGGUCCAGGACACCCCCUUUGUUUCCCUAGAGAACAACAUCAGACCACGAACAAGGCCAGUACAAGGUCAAACCAAUCAAUUGUUCAUCCACCCAGCCACCCAACAGCGACCCCGGGACAACAGCGAAGGCAUCUCCUGCCAGGAGCAGAUCAACCGCUCCAUCUACUGGGCCGACGGCUUCGUCUUCGUCUAUUCCAUCACCGACUACGAGAGCUACCGCGUCAUCCGACCCCUUCACCAGCACAUCCGCAAGAUACACCCCAACGCCAACAUGCCCCUGCUGCUGGUGGCCAACAAGGGCGACCUGUUGCGGGCCCGGCAGGUGCCGGCCGGGGAGGGGCUGCGGCUGGCCGGGGAGCUGGGCGGCAGCUACGCCGAGGUGUCGGCCCGGGAGGGUUCCGACGGGGUCCACGCCGCCUUCCGGCAGCUGUGCCAGGAGGUGGGCCGGCUGGCGGGCGGCUGCCCGGGGGAGAAGCGGCGGGGGCUGCAUCUGGCCCGCCCCAAGUCGCCCAACAUGCAGGACCUGAAGCGACGUCUGAAGCAGGCCCUGUCCUCCCGGGCCAGGGCCCCCACGGCCCUGUGACCCCGGGCGCCAUCCGAUUUCUGCCGACGGAUGCGCGGAGGCCCCGCUUCCGAGACUCCGGGUGGAGCCCGCCCACCCAUUCCCAUCAGAUUCCCUCCCGGGACUAUGUUGGACCAGUCUCCGGGCAUGCCAGCCACCCGCGGCUCCCUGGGAAGUCGGCGUCUGGUAGAGGGGACCCGAGGAUGGACGGCCAAUCCCAACCCAAACCUGUCGGUGCCCCCUCCUCCUCCAUGGAGAGCCGUGGAUCCUCAGCUCUGUGCGUACCCGCCCGGGACUACUGUGCCCGGGGCCUUAAUGAACCCCGCCAUUCGACCGUGGAUGCCCGUUGAGCUCCACAGCUGGUACCCCACCCCUCCACCGGCUAGGGCGGGGACAAAGCUGAGCACUUGCGGGCAACAGGGACCGGACGGCAUUUGCACGGGGCAGCAAUAAAACUCAGCACGUGGCGGGCAAGGAACAGGGCUGAGCCUUCGUGAGAGGGAAGGAAUCAGGCCUGACGUGUGGGAACAGGACAAGACUGAGCUCGUGCGGGAACGAGGACGAGGUUGAACACGUGCAGGGACAGGGACAAGACUGAGCGUGUUCAGGGGCAAGGGCAGGGCACCGGGGCAAAACUAAGCCCAUGCCGGAACAAGGACAAGACUAAGCGUGUGCAGGGACAGGGCCGAGACAGAGCACGGGUAGUGACAGGAACGUGACCAAGCAGGUGCGGAGGCAGCUACCUUCUUGACCAGACAACGGCGCUGGUCACGUGUUCCCACGACACACUCGGUGACCAGGUCCGGAGAGAACCGCUUCUCCGGCCCUGGCUUUGAGCCCAUCGUUGUGGAAGGUCAAACUCCCAGGCAGCUCUCUAACAGAGAGGGAGUGAGGCAUGACUUCCUGCUCCGGUAUCCAGGGCACUGAGGCCCGGACUGAGAGACCUGUGAGUCUCUUUGUUUCCCUCCCGGACCUUUUCGGCCUUCCCGCUGGGUCGUCUGGUUAAUCUCCUCCAUGCCGUGAGGGCCCGUCUCCUUUUCUUCCUGUAAGAUCCAGACCCCGAAAGCCGGGGCCUGUGGGCUGCAGGCCUGUUCACGUCUGGGUUACCUCAAGCUUCUCCUCCGGGCCUCCUUGUUAGCAGCCGGGAGUCUGUCCUGAUCAUCCAAACCCACGGGUCUCUCCACCGUCACCUGAUCUGGCAGCUUUCCGGACUACUCCCGGCCACCGAGGGCCUUGCUGGAAUUUAACUGUCUUUUAACGUCUCCCACGUUCCCGGGCAGUGGGAGCAGGAGGCGGCUCCGAGGUGAAUCCCUGGAGGCUCCAAAGGGAAAUAAACUAUAAGCAGGUGGGCCACCCAACCCCUGGUCUCCCAGCUCCCUCUGAGGCAGCCGACAGCUUCUCUGGAAACUGAUUGUUCCCGGCUCAGCGGGUCAGCGGAGGGAGCCUUCUCAGAUGGAUGAUUUUCAUCUCAACGGUGUCUCUGAAGGUGGUCCCCAAAGCCACGGGCCCGCCCUAUCCCGCAACAAAUCCACCCCUCCAGAAAUAAAAUCCAGUCUCUUCUUC